AUGGUUUACACUAUGGAAGACAACCAGAACUCUGCCCCCGGCGGUGUCCAGGAAGCUAAGCUCAAUGCUGGUCGCAAAGCCCCCGACUCUCAGAGCACCACCAAGAGACUGCAAACCGAGCUGAUGCAGCUGAUGACCUCUCCCGCUCCAGGAGUCUCGGCCUUCCCCUCGGCUGAUGGCAACCUCCUCUCGUGGACUGCCACCAUCGAGGGUCCUGACGACACCCCCUACGCCGGCCUCACAUUCAAGCUCAGCUUCGCCUUUCCCUCAAACUACCCCUACGCGGCGCCUACUGUCCUUUUCAAGACGCCCAUCUACCACCCCAACGUCGACUUCUCUGGCCGCAUCUGCUUGGACAUCCUCAAGGACAAGUGGACUGCCGCCUACAACAUCCAGACCGUCCUUCUAAGUCUGCAGAGCUUGCUCGGCGAGCCCAACAACGCCUCUCCUCUGAACGGCGAAGCCGCAGAGCUGUGGGACAAGGAUGCCGAAGAGUUCAAGAAGAAGGUUCUCGGACGACACCGUGAUGUCGAGGACGAGUAA